UCCUAAUCGAGCGUGAUAACGCUUGUGUUGAUGUCCGCCGCUGCCGUCCCGUCUAUCUACUAACUAACCGGGACAAAACUUCGAGCCUCAAGAUGUUUUUGUCUGCUGCUGUUCGCUCUGCAGUGUCGCAAACGGCCAGGCAGGUCAGGAGCCUGCAUCGGUCUGCUGCACGCGCUGGGGCUGGUGGCAUCUUCGUGCACAGAGAUACUCCUGACAACAACCCUGAUAUUCCUUUUGAGUUCACUGAGGAGAACAAAAAGAGGAUUGAGGCAAUCAUUUCAAUGUACCCGGAAGGACACAAGCAGGCAGCCACCAUCCCAGUGUUGGAUUUAGCCCAGAGGCAACAUGGAUGGCUCCCCAUCAACGUCAUGAACAAGGUUGCUGAGGUGCUGGAAGUUCCUCCAAUGAGAGUGUAUGAAGUAGCGACAUUCUAUACAAUGUUCCUGCGUCAGCCCGUGGGAAAAUACUUCAUUCAGAUCUGCACAACAACACCCUGCAUGCUCUGCAACUCAGACAGCAUCCUGGAGGCCAUCCAAAACAAACUGGGUAUCAAGGUUGGAGAGACUACUCCUGACAAGAUGUUCUCGCUAAUAGAAGUGGAAUGCCUAGGUGCCUGUGUGAAUGCUCCAAUGGUCCAGAUCAAUGACAACUAUUAUGAGGACCUCACACCUAAGGACAUUGAGGACAUUAUCGAUGAACUUAAAGCAGGCAGGGUCCCGGAACCAGGACCUAGGGGUGGCCGUUUCUCCUGUGAGCCUGCAGGAGGAUUGACUUCUCUGACAGAGCCUCCUAAAGGACCAGGCUUUGGUGUAAGAGCUGACCUGUAGACAUUUUUCGGCUACAAUCUGCUUUUUUCAAAAGCAACUUGUCCCUGAAGCUGAUAUAAUGGUUGACGCAAACAUAUUGUGUAAAUAAAUUGUUCAUGUACCUGUG